AUGGCCACCCAAAAUGGCUCCAUCCGCCAUCGACAACCAGACGGAAACCUCCCCAACCUCGCCAACGGCCCCACAAUAGCAGGCAAGAACGACGUAUCCCUCACAACCGACUCCAAAGCCAAAGACUCCGCGAACACAACCAACCUCUUCAUCUGCGUAGGCGGAAUCUACGCCUCCUUCCUCACCUGGGGCGUGCUCCAAGAACGCAUCACAACCACCAACUACGGCACCGAAACGUCCCGCGAAGUCUUCAAAUACCCCGUCGUCAUCAACACCGUCCAAUCGCUCUUCGCGGCAGCUCUGGGGUAUGUUUAUAUCCUCCUCACGCGGAAGCACGCCGCGGAUUUACCAAUUUACCCCUCGAAGAAGAUCUUGUGGCCGUUGUCGCUGGUGGCUGUGACGAGUUCGCUCGCGAGUCCGUUUGGGUAUGCGAGUUUGCAGCAUGUGGAUUAUAUCACUUUCAUCCUCGCGAAAUCGUGCAAACUGUUGCCGGUUAUGUUCUUACACGUUACGCUGUACCGGAAGAAGUAUCCCUUCUACAAGUACGCCGUGGUGGCACUCGUGACCGCCGGCGUGGCCGUCUUCACACUCCACUCCGGCUCCGGGUCGAAGAAGAAGGGGAACCAGAGCGGGAACAGUAUCUACGGUCUAGGACUCCUGGGCGUGAACCUCCUCUUCGACGGCCUCACGAACUCGACGCAGGAUGAUAUUUAUGCGUCGUUCAGACCCUAUACUGGACAACAGAUGAUGUGCGCCCUGAACAUCAUGUCGACAUUCCUCACAUCCACCUUCCUAUUAGUCUCCCCGUACCUAGUGCAAAGUGGCCUAGGAGCCCUAACCGGCAUCGACGUCAAGGGUGCCGGGGAACUACAGGAAGCGUUAAGCUUCGUGCAAAGGCACCCAGCUGUCGGUUGGGACAUUUUAGGGUUUGCAGCUUGUGGUGCGAUGGGGCAGGUGUUCAUCUUCAUGACCUUGUCGAUUUUUGGGAGUUUGUUGUUGGUGACGGUUACAGUCACGAGGAAGAUGUUGACGAUGAUUCUGUCGGUGGUGUGGUUUGGGCAUACGUUGAGUGCUAUGCAGUGGUUGGGAGUUGGUCUGGUGUUUGGUGGUGUGGGGGUGGAAGCACAGCUGUCGAAGAGGGAGAAGGAACGGAAGAUGAAGGAGAAGAAGGCCAAGGCAUGA